AAAGAAACGUAACGCGAUUCCUCUGUUUGUCUUUGCAGCCCUGCCCCAAGUUAAAGGCCUUCGAGUGCUUCAACCACAAAAAGACUGUUGUUAAAGCUAACCUGAAGCAGUCUUUUUGGCAUAGGGGAGCGUAUUAAAGCAGCACAUGCGUUCGGGGAGCCAGGAGAAGUUGUGUUUGGUCCAUUUGCGGAACAGUCACGUCGCUUUCGGCAUGCCUCUCCACAGUAAUUGGCCUCUGUGUUGGAUGUUUGGCCCUGUCUGAGGAACAGACUGCACAAUGGGAAACGAGGACAGCCUUGAAGAUGUGUUUGUUGCUGUCAUUCGUCCAAAGAAUCUAGUCAGCCUGAGCUCGAAGGAAUACAGAACUAAAUCUUAUGAGAUCCUGUUGAAAGAAGUACCUGUGGAGGGGAAGGAGAAGAAAAGAAAAAAAGUACUUCUGGCAACAAAGCUCAAAGCAGGAGACAAAUCCAAAUCCAUAUUGGAUUUUGUUGAUGAAAUAACGAGACCAAUCUCCAAUAGCCAGAGCUUCAUUGGAAAGCGUGUGGUGCACAUGAAGAAAUUUGCCCUUGAAGGUGACAAUGAAGGAAAAGAAGCUUCUCUUUUUGUUGUGCCAGUCAGUGUUAAAGACAACAGCAAGCCCAUCCACAACCCUGGGAGCCCCAGCUUUUACUGCUUUCAGGACAUCAUGCGUGUGUGCAGUGAAACAAGCACUCACUUCUGUUCCAUCACUGCGAAGAUGCUUCUGGCCUUAGACAAAUGGUUAGCAGAGCAGCACACUGUACCUCACGCCAUCCCUGCUCUGUUCAGGCCCGCACCUGUAGACCGGGUGAAAACCAACGUAAGCAACCCAGCCUAUAGCAGCGAGGGCAAAUUGAGUGAUGAGGGUCUACACAUGGGCUACACAGCUCUGGAGAUCAAGAGCAAGAUGAUGUCCUUGGAGAAGGCAGACAUGUGUAUCCUGAAUCCACUUUACGGCUCAGAUCUGCAGUAUACCAACAGGGUAGAUAAAGUUAUCAUCAACCCAUACUUUGGGCUUGGAGCACCAGACUAUUCUAAAAUCCAGAUCCCCAAGAGAGAGAAAUGGCAACAUGGCCCCAACUGUGUCACAGAAGACAAGGAACACCAGUGGGUAGAGGACUUCCCUCUCCACCGGAGUGCCUGUGAAGGAGACACAGAACUGCUCUCUAAGCUUCUUGACAGUGGUUUCUCAGUCAAACAACUGGACAGCGAUCACUGGGCUCCCAUACACUAUGCAUGCUGGCAUGGUAAAGUUGAGGCAACCAAGUUGUUGCUUGAGAAAGGACACUGUAAUCCAAACCUGCUGAACGGCCAGCUCAGCUCCCCUCUACACUUUGCAGCAAGAGGAGGCCAUGCAGAGAUUGUGCAGCUCCUGCUGCAGCACCCUGAGAUUGACCGGCACAUCGAGGAUCAGCAGAAGAGAUCACCGCUGCAGGUGUGUGAGGAGAACAAACAGAACGAAUGGGAGGAAAGUGUGAAACUUCUGCAGCAAGCCAGCAGUAAACCGUAUGAGAAGGUGCGUAUCUAUCGCAUGGACGGCUCCUAUCGUUCUGUAGAGCUAAAACAUGGAAACAAUACGACUGUCCAGCACAUAAUGGAGGGCAUGCGGCUUUCUCAGGACACACAGCAGUACUUCACCAUCUGGAUCUGCUCAGAGAACCUCCAUCUGCAGUUGAAGCCCUACCACAAGCCCUUGCAGCACCUACGGAUUUGGACAGAGAUUGUGACAGACUUGACGGUGCUGGAUCCUCAAAGAGAGACACCUCAGCUCUUCCUUCGUAGGGACGUCCGGUUGCCUCUUGAAAUUGAGAAAAAGGUGGAUGAUCCCCUGGCCAUCCUCAUCCUCUUCGAUGAAGCUCGUCACUGCCUUCUGAAAGGUUUCUUUCCAGCGCCAGACAGCAAGCUGAUCACGCUGGCCAGCCUCCUCUUGCAGAUCAUCUAUGGCAAUUAUGAGAGCAAGAAGCACAAACAAGGCUUCCUCAAUGAAGAAAACCUGAAAUCCAUUGUACCAAUAUCAAAGGUGAAAAGCAAGGCAUAUCAUUGGACCAACAGGAUCCUUCAUGAAUACAAAGCCCUGAGCACCAGCGAGGGAGUAAGCAAAGAGAUGCACCACCUACAGAGACUCUUCUUGCAGAACUGCUGGGAUAUCCCAACCUAUGGAGCAGCUUUCUUCACAGGCCAGGUUUACACCAAGGCCAGUGCUAGCAACCACAAAGUCAUCCGUGUGUACGUUGGAGUCAACACGAAGGGACUACACCUCAUGAACAUGGAGACCAAGGUCCUUCUUAUCAGUUUAGAGUAUGGCACAUUCAUGUGGCAGCUUGGACACGCUGACCAGUAUUUUCAAAUACACAGUGGUGACAACAAAAUGAACUUCAUUGUGCACACAAAACAGGCUGGCCUUAUUGUGAAGCUUUUAAUGAAACUCAGUGGACAUAUGACCCCAAAUGAUAAAAGUGUUACAGAUAAAUAUGCCUAUGGCUAAAAACUUUCAACAAAAGCACAUCUGCCAAAGAUCCGGAUGCAGGUUCUUCAUUCCGGCUGUUAUCUGACUGCAGUAAUUCUGGAUGGAGAGGUGGUCUUUUCACAAAUUCCUCAUUUUAUAAAAACAAACUUAAUGAUCUGUUAUGACUAAACUUUGUACAUUUCAAGUCCUACAUUUUAAUUCUAUGUAAAUAUGUUUAUUAUUUAAUGUUUGUUUUAAUAAACUGAUUGAUG